AUGGGGCACAGGCAUAGCAGACAGCGGCCUGGGCCUGGAGUGAACAGCACAGACACCUCCUGCAACGCUCAAUAUGCCUGCGUGAUCUGCGGCGCCGUGAUACAUCACUGCAGCACCGAGCAGCAACACGAGAUGCUGGCGUCAAGAGACCACUGGCGCAAGGAGAAACUCGGCAUCUUCCGCAGAUCUAUCUCUGUGCCGGCGAGCGAGGUCGAGGGGACAUAUCUUGCUAGUCCCCUCGCGUGGUCGUAUUUGUUUCGGGUCCUGCUGCAGAAUCCAGAAACAGAGGAGUUCACCAUAUCCGGUAUAGCGACCAUCAGAGACGAGCUCAUCGUCCCGAAAGAUCCAGCAACGGCACGCAUCGCGUCCACCGGAGUCAAGCCAGGCCAAGGAGCGACUCUGUUCCGGCCGGUCGAUGUGACUGGCGGCGCUGGGGGCCAUCCGGCCCCUGAGUCUGUGCUCGUGGCACCAUCUUCAUCGCAGUCUUCGUCUGGCUCGACCCGGCAGAUUUUACGGGAGAAAGUGUGCAGCGACAAGCGCGCUCGCGCUGCUAGACGGCGUUCUUGUCCCCGCGGCCACCUGGUCCACGCUGACUGCUGGCUGCUGGUUGACCGGGUAAUCGGGCAUGAUCUAGUCACGGCCAAUGUGCGGCUCUUUGUGGAAACCGUCCGGGACUACUGGAGGAGUCACGGAGGGCCCGGAGAGACAUGGGCUUAUGAACCGGCGCACCACCGCAAAGAUGUCCGGGACUGGGGGAAACGCCACAAGUGCGACGGCUGGAGGACGCCCAAGUUCGGGCCAGACGCGGAGUUCACGCCCAGACCAGGCAGAGAGCGCUGCAUGGAUAACCGCUACCAUCAGCCGCGGAGUCCGGUCCGCAUCCCGGAGAUCCAGGCGCUGGUUGACAGUGUUGUGAAGGAGAACGAGGACACGAAGCGUCGGUCAAUACAUCGUAGUCGGGAUGUACGGGUAUCCGACUCCGCUGCGAAAAUCGAUAUCCCCGUGGAUAUCGCGAUGAUGAUCCUCGACUACAUGUACCAUACCUACGAUUCCGUCGUCGACAUGAUCCGAGACACCCGCAAUCUCCUCGAAGCCUUCUCCUGGACGCUCCCUGAUGCAUACUGGAUUUCGCGGUGUGCGCCGUGGCCGCUUUUCGAGAUUGUUGAUAUACCGCCGGGAGGCGAGAUCGACUGGGUUGCGCUUUGCCUUGGGUUGGAGGAGCUGCUGGUUGAGGAGACUUGGUACUGUAGGAGUGGAUUAAAGCUGCGAGCUACUGUGCUCAGGUCGUUGGAGGCCAUCAGAGUUGAUUUCGUGCGGAGGCUGGAAGGGAAGGCUAGAGCUGCUGUUGUCAAUUCAUAG